UCUCCUUCGAUCUGUGAAAAGUGAAAACUAGGGUUUUGGUACAGAUGAGCAAAUUGUAAUCGAAAGAGAAAUUGAGAUCCAUGGAUGAAUCCUUACUGCUUAUGCUUUCGAAUCUUCUUCACCUCCAUAACCACCUUGAUCCGACCUCCUCCCUCCUCUCUGAAACUCACUCUCCAUCCUCCUCCUCCUCCUCCGCCAUUUCCCCCACCUCCCUUCUCACAUCCACCUCCGCCGCCCCUCUCCUUUUCUUCGCCAUCGCCUCCGUCCUCUCCUACAUCGCCUCUUCCCGAUCUUCUUCUACCUCCUCCUCCUCCUCCUCCUCCACCGAUCCCCUUCCCGCCGCCAAUGAUUCCAACUCCGAAUUCUCCGUCGCAGCCUUCCGCGCCCUCUCCACUGAACGAAUCUGGGACAUGGAAGCUCCCUUAAGAGACUCCCAUUGGAGAUCUUCAUACGGCGUCUCCUACACCGUCUUCACCACUGUCGUCGAUAAACUCAAACCCUACAUCGCUCAAUCAAACCUCUCUCUCCCUUCCGAUUACGCCGUCGCUAUGGUUCUCUCCCGUCUCACUCACGGCCUCUCCGUCAAAACCCUAGCUUCCAGAUACUCACUCGAACCCUAUUUGAUUUCCAAAAUCACAAAUAUGGUCACUCGCUUACUCGCUACCAAACUCUACCCAGAAUUCAUCAAAAUCCCCGUCAGCCGCGGCCGCCUUAACGCCACCACCCAAGCAUUCGACCAAAUCACUUCCUUACCUAACAUGUGCGGCGCAAUCGACGGUACCGCAGUCAAGCUCCGUCAUCUCCCCUCCGAUGUUAACCCUUCCGCAUAUAGAUGCCGACACGGUUACCCUUCCGUUCUCCUCCAGGUCGUCGCCGAUCAUAAAAAGAUGUUCUGGGAUGUCUGCGUCAAGGCUCCGGGCGGGUACGACGACGCCACCCAUUUAAGAGAGAGUCUUCUGUACAACAAGCUAACUUCCGGAGACGUCGUUUGGGACAAGGGUGUCAACGUAAGGGGUCAUCAUGUAAGACCGUAUAUAGUCGGAGAUUGGUGCUAUCCAUUGAUGUCGUUCCUACUCACUCCCUUCACUUGGAACGGGACUGGAACUCCAGCGCAGAAUGCAUUCGACCAAGUGAUUUUGAGUGGGAGGAAAGUGGUGGAAGAAGCGAUUGGAUUGCUUAAAGCGAGGUGGAAGAUUCUUCAAGAAUUGAACGUGGGUUUGAAUCAUGCCCCUCAGACGAUCGUUGCUUGUUGUGUUUUGCAUAAUCUGUGUCAGAUAGCUAGAGAGCCUGAACCGGAGCUUUGGAAGGAGCCGGAGGAGAGUGGGCCGCCUCCUAGGGUUUUGGAUAGUGAGAAGUCUCUGUACUAUUUGGGAGAGAAUGUGAGGCAGGCAUUGGCUGAUGACUUGUAUCAAAGGCUUUCAAGAUGAGUUCUUUUUACAUCCUCCUCCUCCAGGUUUUAAUUGCAUAUGCAGUGUAGAAAUUUUUAAUGGAGAGACAGCAUCCAUCCAUCCAUCCAAGAAGAAGAAGUUGUAUGCUUUCUUUCUUUCAGUAUAUCAUUUUCUUGAGAAAAAGAGCAAAAUUACUUUUUGACUAUCAGUGCUACUAGUAAGUAGAGUGUUAACUGUUAAUUAGUCAGUCAGUCAGUCAUCUUGAUAUGGUAGCCACUGGACUUGUAUAAUUGUAUUUCAUUCCAACAAAGCUAUUAAAUUACUAUUGAUAAGAGAUGCGCAUGUUUAUUAUAUGUUAC